AUGAACACAUUGGACAGUAAAGAGUCCGGCGAGGAGUCGUCUGCGACCCCGUCAACUUCACAUAAUAAAGGCUUCUAUUAUUCGCACGACAGCGGUCCGGAGGCGACCGAAAUCGCGCCCGUCAAACAUUCAGCGGCGCCAAAAAUUGUCCAAAGGGAAAGUGAUGCAAAUAUCUCAACAGUUGCCGAGAGCAAAGGAUGGGAUAUUUUUCGAUUACUUCCACCAAAGCCGGACAAAAUUGGACACGGGUUUUGGCACGAUGCCAGUCUUCAAGUUCUCAAACUCGCCACUUUUAUUGUAUUAUUCGCGCUCACACUCGGAUCAGCGGUUAUCGCGAAAAUCACAUUCAUCCUAAUGGCUUCUGCAAUCGGAUCAGGCGGACAGACCGUCGAAAUUUGCAAUUUGGUCAUCACCGAGGCGACUCGAAAUACUGUGAAGCUGAAAAAUGCGCACAUUGUGAAAUGGGUGUGGGCAUUGCUGAUAUCGCUAUGCGCUCCAGAAGCCCUCUGUUUUGUCAGAUCGAUGCAUCGAACGAUGUUCCGAAAUGUCAAAAGACCGACGUUCAUUCAAUUCAGUGUGGUUUUGGUUAUUGAAUCUCUUCAUGCUGUUGGCGUCGGAAUUCUUGUGUUUCGGAUUCUGCCCGAUCUCGAAGCUGUCACAGCGGCACAGCUCACAAAUGCAAUGUGCUUUGUGCCAGCAAUCUUGUCAUUGAUCAGCCGGCGACCGAGCAAGGUUUCUCUAGUUCUGGUCAUCAUCGACAUCGCGGCGAUCGCAGCGCAGAGUAGCGGCUUCUGGGCAUUCCCUAUGUUCAUGCCUACCCUUCAAAAACACUCUGUUGCGAUUCCAGUCUCGCUAACGCUGAUCUCACUGAUUUGGUGGCAAAAUUUCGUCCAUCAGGAUUCUGUGUUUCCUCCUGUUCGCAAACUCGCCAAAUUCGGGCAGCGUCUUUCCGAGAAACGAUCGAAGACGUAUGCGUUCGUUUCGCUGUGGAAAAUCAGCAUCUACAUUGUGUUGUGUUUUUUGUUUGUCUCGAGCCGCAUGAAAAUCGACGAUCUCCUUCAACGAAAUCCGUUUGGCGAAAAGUUGCUGCCAGUCGUCGGACAUGAUAUGAAUCAGACGCAAAUUGAGAAUUUCCAGACGAGAAUCAAUAAAAUGAUUGAAGAAGCGAAUCGCGAAGCCGGAUAUCAUGCUCCGCCUCCAAAACCAAAACCAAAAAAGCAGCCAACUGCCGAUGAAGCUGAAGAAGUGAACACCGACGAUUUUCGAAGAUUCAAACGGUUUCUUGGUACGAGUAGGGAGGAAGUUGAAGAGGAAGAGGAGGAAUUUUCAAGUUAUAAUAUAUAUUCGAAUUAUGUUGAGCGGAAUCAAUUGACAAUGCCUUAUGAUGCCCUGUGGGCAGUUUUUAUUCAAAUCGGAGCCGUUUUCAUUUGCUAUCACAGCAGCAAAUUCGCGUGCAAGGUCAUGAUGCAACGGAUGGGAUUUGCUCUGCCGAUGGCGCUCUCGGUCCCUGUUACCGUGUUCUUCCUUUCGUUCGCAUGUGCUCAACGAGCGAAAGACGCCUGCUAUCUAACCGAGAUUAUCACAUUCGAGCUUUUUUGGCAAUGCUCCGGCGCCUACACCUCUUUCGGCGACUUCGUUUUGAGCCCACAAACUUGGAUUUGGCUCUGUUGGCUUGCUUCUCAAUUCUGGAUCACCAUUCAUCUUUGGGCGCCGAAACACGAGCGGCUUGCGAAAAGCGAGAAGCUAUUCAUUCUGCCGUACUACACUAGCGCAUUUGUGGACCAAUCAUUGGCAUUCAAUCGGCGACGCGAUGACAAAGCAAAAAUCAAAGCCGAAGAUCUUGAGUUCGAUCUUGAGGAUUCGUCGUUGACGUAUGAAACAAUCCCCGGACUUCAGCAAAAAGCGCCACCGUCGGUUUGCUCGGCUAGUAUGGAGAAUGGAUUAAUAAGGGAUACGGCUUCCUCGGCUGACGCGAUCACCAAAAUCUACGCGUGUGCGACGAUGUGGCACGAGACUGGAAACGAGAUGACUUGCAUGCUGAAAAGUUUGUUCAGAAUGGAUGAAGAUCAAUGCGCAAGAAGGAAUGCCCAAAAGUAUUUGAAAGUCAUCGAUCCGGACUAUUACGAGUUCGAAGCUCACAUCUUCUUCGAUGACGCCUUCGAGAUCAAUGAAUACGGCGAGCCGGAAAUCAACAAAUUCGCUCGUCAGAUCGUCAAUGUGAUUGAUCAAGCGGCGAGUGCGGUCCAUCAAACGCAGAUCAGGCUGAAGGCACCGAAAAAGGCGAAAACGCCGUAUGGUGGCCGUCUGACAUACAUAAUGCCAGGAAAGAACAAGUUGUUCAUCCAUUUGAAGGAUAUGCACAAGAUUCGGCACAGAAAACGAUGGAGUCAAGUGAUGUACCUCUAUUAUCUUUUGGGGUACAGACUAAUGAUGAAGGUUGAUGAUGCUGCGAGAAAGGAAUUGAUAUCAGAAAACACGUUCAUCUUGACCCUUGACGGAGAUGUCGACUUUACGCCACAAUCCGUCUACCUUCUUGUGGAUCUUAUGAAGAAGAACAGAAGACUUGGAGCCGCUUGCGGUCGCAUCCAUCCAAGAGGAGAUGGAGCAAUGGUGUGGUAUCAGAAGUUCGAGUACGCGGUUGGGCAUUGGCUUCAAAAGGCGACUGAGCAUAUGAUUGGAUGUGUUAUGUGCUCACCGGGAUGUUUCUCGUUGUUUCGAGCGUAUGCAUUGAUGGAUGAUAACGUUACGAGAAGAUAUGCGAUGAAAUCCGAAGAACCAAAACACUUCGUUCAAUACGAUCAGGGCGAAGAUCGUUGGUUGUGCACACUUCUUCUUCAACGCGGCUACCGUGUCGAGUAUUGCGCGGCUUCAGACGCUCAAACAUUCGCUCCAGAAGGAUUCAACGAGUUCUUCAAUCAACGUCGUCGUUGGAUCCCAUCAACCAUCUUCAAUAUCAUGGAUCUUCUAAAGGACUACAAGAACGUUGUCAAUGUGAAUGAAUCGAUCUCGAUUUGGUACAUCAUCUACCAACUCGUCAUGCUUAUCUCAUCAGUCCUCGGACCUGGAACCAUCUUUGUGAUGAUUGUCGGAGCUAUCAGCAUCUCAUUCACUAUUGAUACAAUGAUCUCGUUGAUUAUCGUCUCCGUGCCAGUCAUCAUAUUCAUCGUUGUAUGUUUGACGGCGACUCAGGAGAAGCAGUUGAUUGUGGCGCAGACGAUCGGCGCCGUGUUCGCGAUGCUCAUGACGGCAGUCAUCGUCGGAACAUCGCUCCAAUUGCAAAAAGACGGUAUCUUCUCGCCCCAUUCGAUGUUCUUGGUCGCCGUCGUCACCAGUUUCCUCACUGCCGCCAUUCUUCAUCCAUUGGAGUUCACGUGCAUCAUCCCGGGAACAAUUUACUUCUUGGCUAUCCCAUGCAUGUAUAUGCUUCUUCCGAUCUACAGCGUGUGCAAUAUGCAAACUGUCGCUUGGGGAACUCGCGAAGAUCCGAGGGCCAGCGAGAAGAACGACUUGCAGUCGAAACCGAACAACUCGAGACUCGACGCUAUUGAGGCAUCGAAGACUGACAAUUUCUGCCAACGAUUCGUGUGUUGUGCUCGCGACAAGGUUGAUCCGAUGACUAUCGUUAUCAAUGAGAAAUUGAAUGAGCUCGGCAAAAAGAUUGACAGACUUGAAAGGAAACAACAUCCGACUCUUGGCCGACGAGCUUCGAUUCUUUCCAGCACCGGAGGAACUAUUCAAGUCGACAAGUGCUCAGAAGCUGAUGAGGACGAGCAAGCCGAACUGGAAGACGCUCUUGAGAUGUCGAAUCAAUCGCACGCAGCGAAGAAGAACCAGAAAUGGAAGCAGGCGCAAAGCGAAGCCUGGCUCGCUGACAAGACACUUAAACGAGCCGAGCGCGAAUUUAUCGAUCCUGAAGAGGAAUCAUUCUGGACGGAUGUCAUUGAUCGAUACUUGUCGCCGUUGACGAUGGAUAGUAAAGAGAUGGACCGAUUGAGAGCUGGACUAUUAGCAUUGAGGAACUCCUACACGGUCUACUUUUUGAUGAUCAACGUGGUCUUCAUAAUUAGUGUGCUUGUGCUUCAAAUUCACAAAGACUGCUUGAACAUUGAAUGGCCGUUCGGUCCGAAAUUCAAUCACACCGUCAAGACUUGCUACGGGAAUCACGACAAUCAGAACGAAGAUGUUUGGGUUAUGACGCGAUUGCAGCUUGAACCUAUCGGACUCGUUUUCUUGGUGUUCUUCGUCAGCAUUCUGGUCAUUCAAUUCCUUGCAAUGAUUUGCCAUCGUUUCGGCACACUUGCCCAUAUAAUUGCGUCAACUGAGUUGUUCUGCUUCCGGAAGACGAUGGAUCGUCUAAGCGAAGAUGAGCUCGUAGCACAGAAUGCGGUGGAAAUCGCCAAGGAGUUGCAACAGAUUCGCGGAAUUGACGAGCAUACGCAUCAGGCAGACAUGACGAUAGAGGAUCGCGGAAUCUCGCGACGUCGUGUGGUUCAGAAUCUCGAGUCAUCACGACGAUCGAUGAUGAAACAGAAGACGGAAACACUCGAUGCGGCAUUCCGAAAACGAUUCAUGGCGUUGUCGAGCGAACAAGCGCCCGAUGCCGGAUUCUCAGCUCGAGACAAUUCGAAACGAUUGACGCUUCGCAAAGGAACGAUACGCGCAUUAGAGCAUAGGAGAGAUUCCCUGUUUGGAACAAUUGAUAAUCGAAAAGAUGACGAUAUGGGAGCGAAUGGAGCAUCAAUGCGUGGUCCAGCUCAAAGAAGGUUGGAGAGGCUGUUCAAUGAGCAGCAUGAUAGUCCAAUCGAGAAGAAAAGAUCAAGUGGCGUGAACGGUUGGGAUCCAUCCGGCGACGUCGAAUUGCGACGUUUCUAA